GAACCCGAGCCCAAAACCCUCCUCCUCCAGCGCAGCAUCACAGACUCCUACCCCGGCCACUGGGAGAACCCGGGCGGGCUGAUCGACCCCGUCCGCGACGCCACCGUGCUGGCGGGCGUGGCGCGCGAGGUCCGCGAGGAGACGGGGUUCCACGUGUCGCGGUUCGUGGAUCUGGUCUGCGUCGACGAGUGGACCAAGAUGAAGCGCGGCGUGCUGCUGCAGGAGACCAAGGUGACGUUCCUGGUGGAGGUGCGGGAGGCCGUCGCGGCGGGCUGGGAGGCAACCGUGAAACUGGCGGAGGGGGAGCAUCAGGCUUUUGUGUGGGUCGGGGAAGGGGAGGUGCGUGGGGUGGUGAGGGACAAGGGGAGGAAGAGGAAGGCGAGUGGCGGGGCUGGCAGGUUGGGGGUGGGGUUUAUUAAUGAGCAAGGGGGGAAUGUGCUUAGGGGGUUUGAGGUGGUGAGGGGGUUGAGGGGGUGUUGA